GUGGUACUUGGUUCAGGUUCGGAAAACCAGACUCUGAUACCACUUGUCAUAACUGGGCAGCCAUUUAGUACGAUAUUGUCCGCUUUGGGUCAAGCUCGCAAGGUUUUAAUCUUGGAUGUCCUCUCCAAAAGGCAUCGUACUAAUGAGUUUGGUGAACACUAAUAUACAAGAGUUCAUUCCCUUGUAUUUCCGAUGUGGUACUUGGAUUGUGCCGUAACAAAUACCUUAGUCUGACCAAACACUAAUUCUAUUAAAAUGUGCUUACUCAUCGUUAAGCACUAAGUGUCUAAAAAGGUAGUGGAAAAAUAUUAUGCAGAGAAUUCCGAAAUUACAAAGGAUCAAACCCACUUAAGUAAUGUUCCAACAUAAAACUUGCAUGAAGUCCUCCAUCCUAAUAAGAGUACAGAGUGAAAAUAAAUUAUGUAGGUGCGGGAGCGAAUCAAGUCAGUAACUCUUAUGGUGAGUAACCAUUAAUAACAUGUUCACGUCUGCAUGACAUCAGCAUCCCCUUCUCCUGGAAAGUCUUUUAUAUUUUCCCCUUUAAUCUUUAACGAACGAUUUCUCUAUCGUUUUAAGUCAAAAUUUAAAUUUUUGUGCACAUAUAGAUCAGAUUAAAUGUGCUCUUUAAAAUGAUAUCCACUUUGAUAUAUUUUUAGUACAAAAAAUUCAAUAAUUUUUUACCAGUCAUUACCAUAUGGUAUGCUCAUAUUUAAUACCAUAUGGUAAAAAAAACGUACCAUGAUGGUAUGGACAUACCAAUAUGGUAAGAAAGUUGAAUACAUGAUAGUAGAAGUAUACUAACUAUCAUUUACGACUUUCAUCAUUGUUUACCACAAGUUACCACCCACAUACCAUAGUGGUAAAAUAUGGUAAUUUUUUGUCCAGUAUUUUUUCACCCAGAAAUUUGUAGAUCCAAUAGAUCAUGAUGAACUCGUUCCUUCUGAGCAAACGUUUUCAAAAACGACUUAAAAACGAAGAAGUUACCAUAUGGUAUGUAGUUGGUAAAAAAAGGUUUCUCGAAAUAUAUUGAAAAUUGAUCUCAUUUUGUAGAGCACAACGAACUCGUUCCAUGUGUGCAAAAAAAAAAAUUUGAAAUCCGAGUUAAAACGAAGAAGUAAGAUCCGAUUAUGAAAACUAGGGAAAAUAAAAUGUCUUUAAUUGACAACCCUUAGAUCUGAAUUUUCUGGGCCCACUUAAAUGUAAGGCCCCGUUUAGUAUCGAUUUGUGGUUGUUGUGGUUGCAGUGGUGUUGUGUAAACAGAUGUACAACCACAACAGGAAAAAAAUAGAAAACACAAACCUGUUUAGUUGAUAAUCUGAAAAAUAAUGAAAGCAGACAACAAGAAACAAAAACGCGUUCAGUUACUACUAUUAGAACUAAAACCAGAAAAGAGAGGAGGCGGCGAUGGGGGGAAAGGAUUCGCAGUCGGCGGCGGGGAAUCUAGAGGAGGUGGCGGGAGGAAAGAGAGGCGACGUGAAUCGAGAGGAGGAGGCGACAGGGGAAAAGGCAGGCGGCGGGGGGAAAGGAUUCGAAGUCGGCAGCGGGGGAAAGGGAGGCGACGGGAAUCGAGAGGAGGAGGCGGCAGGGGUUGCGAGGUCGGGCGACAGGGCAAAGGGAGGCGGCGGGGCAAAGGGACGAAAUCGGCGGCGAGGGGGGAGAUGGACGAUAUCGGCGGCCUGGGUCUCGAGAGGAAGAAGUUGAGAGAGGGAGGGAGCUGUUGGGAGGCGGGUUUGGGAGAAAAUUAGGGUAGGGUUGGCCGACUAGGGUUUGGAGGUGGGUUUGUGAGUUAAAAAAAAAAAGAGAAAAUUUUUGCUUUAGGUGGGAUUCGAAUUGAGGGUUGUUUUAAUGAAAACAAACGGGAAUCCCGUGUAAAACAUGUAGAAGAAUCAAAUUCAAAACAAUAAAUUGUUGUUUCUCAAAUUUGGGCCCUGUUGUGCAAAUCUGAUUCACAACAAAAAAUAGAAACCAAACUAAACAUGUUUUUUUUUCUUUCUUGGUUUUCCAAUCUUGAAAAACACAACAGAAAACAAAAACAGACAACAAUACUAAACGGGGCUUAAAGAUCCAGAUUUAGUUACUAAUAGAUCAGUAGGUGCGGAUCCUUCCUCUACUUACCUCAGUGAUGAUGACAUUUUGAACAACAUUUGUGUCUCUCUCCGAGUACCCUGAGUGUUCCUGAUCUUCCGUAGCUCCUGACUACGCGGGUCACGUGAGUAAGUACUAAUCCUAGUUUGUUAUAACAACGAGAAAAUCAUUCUUGUACUCUUAGUCAAAUGCAAAUUCUCGUGUAAUGCUUAAUACAUCAUCUUAUAUAUUCAUUUUGAUUACUUAUUCCGAAAGGGGCUUCAGAAUUCGACUUAGCUGACAGUGGGCAACGGGUACCCAAUCUCAUUCGAAGAGUAAUCUCCAUCCCAUGUCCCAAACCCGUACGGGUUAACGGGUACCCAUUACCCAUACGGGACGGAUAACGAGUACCCGACGAAUAACGGGUAUCCAUAUUACCCGUAAAUACCCGUCCAAUCCGACCAACUUCCACCUUAGACCUCUUUUUUUUUUUUUUAAGGGUGAACUUUUAUUAGAACUGAAAAAACUUUGCAAUUACAAGCUAGAACAGGAAAAUAAUUCCCAAGUUGCAGUCGCAACCUAACAAGCCAUUACCAGUAGCAAAAUGUCUUGGCCAAACAUAGAAGUUCCACAAGUUUAAAGUAAAGAAAAAUAAACAUACAUUACCAAA